AGGAGGAGGAGAAAAGGGGGAGGGGGAGGAGGGGGAGGAGGAGGAAGGCUCUCAUCGGGAGCUGCCUCCUCUGGGGCCAGUGGCCAGUGGGGAACCCCCACCGAGCACCCCAGGACCCCCAGAGCCCAGACCCAGCUCCCUGCAGCCCCCACAUCCCCUGAAGCUGAAGGUGGGAGCCCAGCAGCGUGCGUGCUUCCUCCCCCGGAUUUUCUCUCCCAGAGCGCUCUGGAUGGGGAGGAAGAGGAGGCACCAGCCAGAAGCCCCUCAGGCAGCUGACAAUGGCCUGGAGGAUGAGAAGGGGGAAAAAACAGAGACACCGAAUGGAGCAGAGCUGUGUUCUGGACGAUCCAAGGGGAACUUAGCCCAGAAGGCAAACUCAACACCACAGCACCAACCACGGCAAAGCUCCAAGGAACCAAGUGGAGAAGUGAGGCUGGAGCCCCGUGGCCACUGGUCAUCGAGUGUGGGUAGAAGCCCAAAAGGCUGCCAGAGGGAUCCCACGGUGGGGAGAUCCUAUAACAUCAGUGAGGCCGGGAGGCUGGGAGGCACAGCACACAGAGCCUCCUACAGGUGUCCAGACUGUGGGAAGACCUUCAGCAGGAGGUCGUUCCUCAUCCCCCACCAGAGGAUCCACACCGGGGAGAAGCCCUUCACAUGCCACGAGUGCGGGAAGGGUUUCCGAGUGGGGUCGUCCCUCAACAAGCACCAGCGGAUCCACACGGGGGAAAAACCCUACAAGUGCUCAGUCUGCGGGAAGAGUUUCCGCCUCAGCUCCACCCUCAGCACCCACCGGAAGGUUCACACCAGGGAGAAACCCUACACGUGCUUGGUGUGUGGGAAGGCUUUUCGUGUGAACUCAUACCUGCUGGCCCACCAAGCCACCCACAGCAUGGACAACCCCUUCCAGUGUCCUGCCUGCGGGAAGCACUUCAGCAUGAGGAGGUAUCUGGCCAUCCACCAGCGGAUCCACACAGGAGAGAAGCCCUUCAAGUGUCCAGAGUGCAGGAAGGGUUUCAGCCGGAGAUCCAUCCUCAUCGUCCACCAGAGGACCCACACUGGGGAGAAACCCUACAAGUGCCCCGAGUGCGGGAAGGCCUUCAUCAUGAGCUCAGACCUCGCGGCCCACCACAGAAUCCACACCGGGGAGAAACCCUACAAGUGCCUCAGCUGUGAGAAAACCUUCCGCCUGAGCUCCCACCUGACGAGGCACCGGCGGUGCCACACCGGGGAGAGGCCAUACAAAUGCACCGACUGCGGGCAGAGCUACACCGACAGCUCUGGCCUCAUCAAACAUAGGAGGCUCCACGCCAGGGAGAAGAAGUCGACACUCAGCACAGCUCAGGGAGCAAGGAAGAGACGCUACAAAUGCUCCCACUGCGGGAAGAUCUUCAGUAUGAAGUCAGCCCUGAUGGUCCACCAGGUGAGCCACACCGGAGAGCAACCCUACAAAUGCCCCAAGUGUGAGAAGACCUUCAGCCACAGCACGGCCCUAGGGAAACACCAGUGGGUCCACACCAGGGAGAGACCUUUCAAAUGUCCCGACUGUGGGAAGGGCUACACUGACGGUUCCACAUUGCGGAGGCACCGGAGGAACCACACUGAGGUGAGACCUUAUAAGUGUCCCUGCUGCGGGGAAUGCUUCAGCAUCAUCUCCGCUCUCCUGAAGCACCAGCGGUUCCAUACCAAGGACAGGCUUUACAGAUGCCCCGACUGCGAGAAGAGCUUCCACUCUAACUUUCUCCUCGUCACCCACCAGCGAACCCACACAGGAGAGAAACCCUAUACCUGCCCCACCUGCGCCAAAGCCUUCCGCCAAGCUUCCCACCUUACACGGCACCAGAAGAUCCACACGAGGAGUGGAGAGAAAGUGUACGGGUGCAGCAAGUGUGGAAAAACCUUCAAUUGGAAGAACAACCUGAGCCGGCACCUGAGGACGCACACCAGGGAGCAUCCCUACAAGUGCUCCGAGUGCUGGAGGAGCUUCAGCAACCAUUCGAACUUCAUCUCCCACCAGAAGCUCCACCGGGGGGAGAAACCCUAUGAGUGCUUGCACUGCAGGAAGUGCUUCAGCCAGAGCACCAGCCUCCUGGCCCACCACCGGAUCCACACGGGGGAAAAACCCUAUGUCUGCUUCAGCUGUGGGAAAUGCUUCUCCCAGAGGCAAAACCUCACCAUGCACCAGAGCAUCCACACUGGGGAGAGACCCUACUCCUGCCAGGAUUGCGGGAAAAGAUUCCGGAGGAGCUCCGACCUCAUCCGACAUGAGAGCCUCCAUACAGGUGAACGGCCCUACAAAUGCCCCGACUGUGGGAAGGGUUUCACACGGAGCUCCAAGCUGAUGGAACACCAACGGGCCCACACAGGGGAAGCCCCCUACGGGUGCUCAGUGUGUGGCAAGCACUACAAGGCCAACAUCUCCUUGAGGUCCCAUCUGAAGCUGCAGACGUGAGAUGGGCUCGCUGAGUGGCUGGUGGGGCCAUGUCCUAUGGGGAGAUGGAGAGGAGGAAGGUGCCAUGGCCAGGGAGGGCCUGAUGGGUGGAUGGUGGCGAGCAUAGGACCUGGAGGUAGUUGGGCUCGCUGCUGAGAUCGUUCCCGAGUAGUGAUUCUUUCCCUUUUGCACAUUAGCAUUAAAAUAUUUUGGAUUUU